AGAAGAAGUUGAUCCAGAAAGGCGGAUGUCUGUGAUUUGCAUCUGUAGCCUACGGCGGUGUUUUUAAGGCAAUCCACAUGCCGAACAAUAGGGCAUUUUAUUUUCAAAAUAAAAGAAGCAAUUUCUUUUUUUUCUCAUAUAAAAUCUCGCAUCCUAAACCAGGUCAUAUACAUUUUUUAAAAGGGAACGAUAUUCCAAAUUCCGGUACAGAUGACUUUUCCACUAGAGAUUAUCAAUCACGUGAUCGUACUUGAUUACACACCACCUCUUCUGUGUUUUAUUUUAUUUUUUGAAGGAAGUAACAUUUUGUAUCUUAUUGUUGCCAACUUGACAGCGGCGCUGCCCAAUCCCAGCUCAGACAUUCCCUUCCCCAUUGGAAUAAGUUCUCUCUGCAACCUGGAGAUUGUCCACGUUUACAGCCUUCAGUCACCGCUGUCCUGCUCAACAUCUGCAGCCUCGGCCCUCUCUGCGUAAAGCGCGCAAAGCUCUGCAGGCCAACAUUCAUUCAUUUCGUGGAUAGAUUUUUUUAACAGGGCAACUGUUUUAAUCUCCUUCUUCAGUUUCGCGUAAUUCUGCAAAGAUGUUUUCCUGCUGCGUAGCUUUUUUCCUCCUCUUUGCGUGGUCUUCCGUGAAGUGUAACCCCAGUCCUGUGCUCGGAGAUGUAGUCGUGGAAAGAAACGUCAUCCCCAAAGUCUGUGCUAGAGAAUCCAAAAAUGGAGAUUAUGUCCGUUAUCACUAUAACGCCACAUUUGUCAACGGGAAAACUUUUGAUUCCAGCCACGAGAAAGGGGAGGCUAAGGUGGGUCUGCUCGGAGAGGGUCGGCUCCUUGCGGGUGUUGAGAAAGGUCUGCAGGGCAUGUGUGUGAACGAGCGCAGGACCAUCACCGUUCCUCCUCACCUGGCCUACGGAAGCACCGGUGCAGGUGAUGUGAUUCCUCCUGAUACCACCCUCGUGUUUGAGAUCCACCUCCUGGAUGUGUGGAACAAAGCCGACUUGAUUGUCACAAAAACCGUCACAACUCCCAAAAACUGCGAACGCUCCGUGAUGCGCACUGAUUUCGUGCGCUACCAUUUCAACGGCACUCUGCUCGACGGCACCGCCUUCGACUCUAGCUACACAAGGAAGCAGACCCACGACUCCUUGGUGGGUGAAGGCUGGCUGAUCAAAGGCAUGGAUGAAGGCCUGUUGGGCAUGUGCGUGGGUGAGGUCAGACAUAUCGUCCUCCCACCCUUCAAAGCCUAUGGAGAAAAAGGAUCAGGUACAGAGAUCCCCCCUCAGGCAACCCUGGUCUUUGAUGUCCUGUUGGUGGACAUUCAUAAUCCAAAAGAUAACCUCACUGUUGCGGAUCAGGUGGUGCCUGAGUCGUGCACACGCAAGUCUGUGGUUGGUGAUUACGUCCGUUACCAUUAUAAUGGCACCUUCCUGAACGGAGUGACCUUUGACACAAGUUACCAGAGGAACACCACAUACAACACCUACAUCGGGAUGGGGUAUGUGAUUGCAGGCAUGGACCAGGCUCUCCUGGGAGUCUGCAUGGGGGAGAGGAGGAGAGUCACUAUCCCUCCUCAUCUGGCAUAUGGAGACCAGGGAGCAGGUAAUGUCAUUCCCCCUUCUGCUGUGCUGGUGUUUGAAAUUCAUGUCAUCGACUUCCACAACCCUAAUGACAGCGUGGACAUCCAGACCAUCCACAAGCCCGAGGCGUGUAAUGAAACCACUGGGGUGAACGACCUCGUCCGCUACCACUACAACUGCACCCUGGUAGACGGCACACCUCUCUUCUCCUCACAUGACUACGAGAACCUUCAGGAUGCAGUGCUCGGCGCAGAUAAGGUGAUUGAUGGACUUGACGAGGGAUUGAGAGGCAUGUGUGGAGAGAGGAGGCUGAUAACGGUGCCGCCUCACUUUGGCCACGGAGAAAAAGGGGCCACUGGUGUACCAAGCAGUGCCGUGCUCAUCUUUGACAUUGAAAUGGUGAGCUUUGAGAGAGGUGUGCCGCCUGGUUACCUGUUUGUGUGGCUCCAGGACAGUCCUGCCAACCUGUUUGAAGCCCUUGACGUCAACAAGAACAACGAAGUGCCCCAGGAGGAGUUUGGCGAGUUCAUCAAGCUGCAGGUGGCAGAGGGCAAAGGUCGUGUCAAGCCUGGAAUGAUCAUGGAUCAGGUAAUUGUUGACAUGUUCCAAAACCAGGACAGAAAUAAGGACGGAGUGAUCACAGCUGAGGAACUGAAACUGAAAGUAGACGAGGACAUGGAGAGGGAAGCACAUGAUGAGCUGUGAUGAGGACAAACGCUUUAAUUCUCUCUCAGGGAUAAACCCAAACACCACAAAAACAAGCAAUGAGAGACUUUCUCCACGCAGUAUCAUGAUUAGUACCUUCUGCACCACACUGAACAGUCCUUUGAAUGAUGGAACAUUGUGUAAAGGGUCCGUUUUUGUAGAGUGUUGUGUUGUUUUGAUUUUUAUUGUUGUAUUUCAGAAAACCAAACAAGCACCUUUAUUUGUCUCUAAAAGCGGAAUUGAUUAAAAUGUUUUUAAGAAAUUA